AUGGCAAGAAGCAACAAAUAUACCUCCCUCAACUUCAAUGACAUAUACGAUAAAAAACUGAAUAAUAACAACAAUAGUCGAACCAGCAACAAUUCUUCAGCUAAAUCGUUCUCUUCUUCGGGUGCUUCUUUUGCGAAUCCGAGCAAAACCAUUAUAUCAAACUCGCGAAUCCAUGGCCACAUGCUUGUUUUGAGCCGGCCCAGUCCGAAACCCAUUUCGAUUCCGGUGAGGCAAUCAAUCGAGCAGCAAGAAAACGAGGACAAGGGUUCUGUUAUUUGUUCUCUGACGCCACCGGAUCGAGCAAGGUCAGAUCUUGAACCGGAUUUAAUAUCGCUUCGUCCACAGGGACGAACUGGGUCAACUCCGGCGAUUUCUUCGUCUCCUUUGCCAUCUCCGGAAUCUCCGUUUCUGUCUCCGGUGAAGACUAACCGUUUCGUGCCUCCGCAUCUCAGGCCGGGAUUUGUGGGCAAGCAGGAGAAGCCUGGGCUUGAGAUUGUCAAGGGUGUACCGCCUGGGGGUUUCAAGGGCAGACAGGAUUUGGGUGGACAUCGUCCGGGACAGGUUCAGGAUCCGGGGCAUUACGGAUCUUCUCCUAACCGUUUCGUCGAAGACGGGAGGCCGAAAUCUGGAGGUGGGUAUGAGCGGAUGAGGAGAGGCGGUGAACCGGCAGAUCUGAACAGGCCCGGUUCAAGUGGGAAUGCAUUUCACUAA